AUGACUAGCAACCGAACCUAUUAUCACCGGAAAUCGUUCAGUCGUCAAGAAUGGAGAGAUUACGUGAUGGAUUCCGGGCUUCCAUUCGAUAUUAAGACCAGUACCCGUGACAGAUAUGGAGGCGCAUCCGCCAGCAAAAGGCUCUGUGUAGAGCCUUCAAUUCCCGUUCUAUUGCUCAAUUACUUUGUGGUGAUGAGUUAUGAGGAGGCCAGUAUCCGAAUGGCCAGAGAGCUGGGGUACGUCAAGAAUAAUAAGGACGCAGCGGAGUUCAACAAGGUAUACAAAAUAGGUGAAAGGGCGCACAUUCGGCAGCUGAUCAAAAAAGGUAAAAUUCUGGAAGCAAUAAAUGAAAUCAACACGAAAUUUGGAGUCGAAGUUCUUGAACAGCGCAGUGACGAACCGGGCAAAGCUGAGGCCAACGACGAUUUGCAUUUCAAGCUUCUUUUGCUCAAUCUCAUAGAAAUGAUCCGGAACCAUCAUCAAGGUCGAUCUUCUUCAACGCUGCCUUCAGAAGAGACUUCCAACCAGUUCAUUUUGGAACUGAUUCAGUAUUCUCAGGACAAGCUAGCGUUGAAAGCGGGCUCUAAUAAAAGACACAUGAAGGAAUUAGAACUAGUGAUGACUUUACUUCUAUUUCCAAUGGAACUGACAUCUUCUGACGAGGGGCAAGCCUCUGCAGAUCUCCCCAAAAGCUUGAAGAACCUGUAUCUUCUUUCUCUACGUGCGAAAAUUGCAAAUCUAGUCAAUAAAAAACUCUUAGAGGCCAUCCGUCCCAACAUUUUACUGGCCUGUAACGAGGGUAAGUUCCCAGACCUUAUAGGCUUCAAGUCGUCGCAAGCAAAUUUUGCUAAUUAUCAUGGGCUCUUGAGGGCACGUUCGAAGGAUUCAAUUUCAUCAGAGGCCUUCGCCAAAAAACUUGAAGAUCGGAAUUUCACGCAGUCAGAUAAUUCUAGAGACAAGCAAUCGAUUAGAGACUCUUGGAGAGAGACGACCAUGCUCCUCGAAAAUCAAGAAAAAAAAGCGCUGGACGCAACAAGCUCUGUCACUGAUAAUAACCUCGAGGCCAGGUUGAUCAAAGUGAUGAAGCUGUGGGCUUACUGUGAAAACCAACUUCAUUAUGCUGAUAUCGGUGUGCCAAGGGUCGAGGGGGGUAUAUAG